CUUGACUUGAUCAGAACUGUCGUUCUUUGCUCUGUAGAAAACGUUCGCCUUUAUCACUCCUAUACAAAAGACGGUCUGUCAAUUACCUAUUUCUACAGCCAUGCGUUCCUUCAGCAUCGCUGCUGCCGCCGCCACUCUGGCAGGCUUCGCCGUUGCCGCCGACAACAGCACCAGCUCCGGCAAUAGCGUCGAGCUCUUCAUCGACGACGCCCUGGGCGGCCAGGGCCUCUACGCUGCUUCGAUCCUGAACGCCUGCAAGGACCAUACCGUCUACGCUAUCCAGUGUACCAGCGCCAGGAAUGAUAUCGUCGACGACACCAUCUGCGGUGACUCCGCUCCGACCUUGACCUUGACCGAGGGCCCAAGCCUGUACUCGGUCGCGUACUCGACGGCGACCAGCACGCUCGGGCACAAGGCCGAAGUCUCGGUCGGCGAGUCGUGCAACCUCAACAUCGAGUCCAGGGAGGCCUUCUGCGUCGCCACCGUCUCCGUCUCCCUCGACGGCACCUCCACCGUCACCUCGACCUCCACCUCCGUCACCGGCUCCGACUUCCACCGCUACCAGGUCCCCAUCACCGCCGGCGCCCAAAAGACCGCCAGCGCCACGGGCGCCUGCACGGCCGGCGGCGACGGCGACGACGCCAAUGCUGCCGCCGGCACCGGCGCGAACGUGGUCCGGGCUAUCGGCGCCGCGCUCGCGGUCGGCCUCGCGGGUGUGAUUGCUUUGUAAGAAGACAUGGAGGCCAGGUACUGAUGAUGCUUUUUCUUCUUGAGUCGACCGAGGCGGCUUUUCUUUCGAGGAUUGGGCGGGAAUAGAUAGCGCGCAUCUUGAUACUCCUACAUGAUGACUAUGACUCGGAUUGUCGUUAUCUUUCUUUUCUUGAUUUGGGAGGGCGCUAUAGACAAUGAGGGUGCAAUGGGCAUGUUCUUUGAUGGCUUCACGAAAUGUGUUGGUAUUAUUACCUGAGAUACCUUUGCUACUGGGGGCAGCAUGAACCGCAACAUCGGAGUUGAUAUCCAACUGCUUUCCUCUCAUAAUCCUCUCUCUUUCCCUGUCCACUGAGUAAUCUCGGUCUUCCCUCUCUUGGCAAGUGUCCGUUUGACAAGUACCCCUGGACCUUGACAUAGUACCCCUUUUAAGCAUUGCUGCCUCUGCAUAACAGGCACCUAAGUAAGGUAUCUACAAGGCUUUUCUGUCUAUUUUUCUGUUUAUACCAUUACUUCAAUUUGUUCUCUUUCCAUAUCUCCUUUACGUACUGUUCCUGACCAAUGGGCUUCCCUGACCACAAGGGGUAAUUAUACCGUGUCAUGGAACUUCAAUUAAUUACAUAUACCUCCUCUAACCCUCACAGCCCCGGGCCCUGGGCCCACGCGCACCCUUGUUUUCGGUCCCGCAGUUAAAAGGCACAGGUUCAAAUUAGAACAU